UGAUCCUACCUGGCCAGCUGAAGCAAUUGGAGAAAAACAAUCGUACGCUGUGUAUUGGUGCACUCUCGGGAAGUAUUAUUUAAUUAAUAAUGUUGUUUUCCGGCACCAGUGCUGCCGUAGAGAGUACAACCAUCUAAAGUCAACGUGCGCCGUAAUCAAACGAAACCUUUGGAUAAACUCCCCCUCCUUCCAAAGCCAAUGUCCAAUCACUAUGAUAUUCCAUCUUGGGCCGGAAAGCCACCGACCGGUCUGCAUCUGGAUGUGAUGAAGGAGGACAAGCUCGUCCAGAAGCUGAUGAUCGACGAAAAGCGAUGCUACCUGUUCGGGCGUAAUCCGCAGAUGAACGACUUCUGCAUCGACCAUGCUUCCUGUUCGCGGGUCCACGCCGCCUUCGUCUACCACAAGCAUCUUCACAUCGCUUACCUAGUCGACCUCGGCAGCACGCACGGCACGUUCAUCGGUUCGGUCCGCCUGGAGGCCAACAAACCGACCCAGCUGCAGAUCAACAGCCAGUUUAGCUUCGGUGCCUCCACCCGCCACUACAUACUGCGCGAGCGGCCAACCGUCGGGUCGCGCACCAACAUCAUGGAGGACAUACCGAUGAUGGACAUCAGCGACGGCACCUUUCUCGGGUUGCCAGAAAGUCAAACCGAACUCGAUAAUCUAACCGAAUACAAUACGGCCCACAAUCGGCGCAUCUCGAUGCUCGGCAUCGCGGACGACGGUGGCAGUGUCGGUGGGGCGGGCGGUGCCGGCGGACCGGGCAGUACCGGCGGCAGCUCGUACAAGAAGAACAAGCGCAACAAGCGGAAAGGGGUCGCGUUCAACGAGGACGAAAUCAUCAUCAACCCGGAAGACAUCGAUCCAUCGAUCGGCCGGUUCCGCAAUCUCAUCCAGUCCACCGUCGUGCCGGUGUCGGCCAAGCGUGCCAAGAUGGAGGUGCAGAACAACAUGGGCAUUGUGACGUCACCAUCGACCAGCGGCAUGAAAGCCGGUGGGUUCCAUCUGCACUCCCAUCACCACUCGCUGACGGGCGGUGGUCACGGUCAGGCGCAGGGGAGCGCACCGACCAGCCUUUACCACGGAAUCGAUCCGGUUGAUGGUGGUGGUGGUGCGGGAAGUAGUGGCGCAGGAGCCAGUUCGUCCUCCGAUGGGCGUGGCUUCGGAAGCUUCGACAUGGACACGACACCAAGCGGGCUGUCGACCAAGCUGGGCAUACUGUUGCCAAAUCCGGCACCGGACGUCAACCCGGCACCGCCGCAGGUCCGUGAGCCGUCCACCUCGGUGCCGAUGUUCGCCGUACCGGGUGCGACUGCGUCCGGUAGUGGCAUGAACGCUGCUGCCAAAGCCGGGGAGAAGCAACCGGACACGUCGGAUGAGCCGAAGAAGAAGAAGUAUGCCAAGGAACAGUGGCCGGGCCGGAAACCGCUCGGGUUGGGCAGCUUUUAAGCGAGUCUUUUAAGUCUCCUGGUAACCUCGUGCAAACACACACACACACACACACACUCAUGCAUUACAGACAACAGCGCAACACUAUCUGAGGAACGCAAAUGGUGUACAGGACGAACAAUAUUCUGUAACAUUGAAUAGUCAUAGUCGCUGCACCGUGUGUCCACUCUGGCCGAGCUUGUCCGGUGGAAGGUGAAGCAUAUUUGUAAAACAUACAGAACUAUAAGAAACUGGUAGUUUUGAGAAAUAAAAAUGAAAUCGUACGCAGAA